CCUGGCACUUAAGGCCUGUUGACCCCAAGCCAGGCAGUGACCAGGGGAGGUAUUUGACUUCAGGUUGGCUCUGCCACUGGUUUGCUUUGAGCCUGGGUGAGUCAUUGUCCUCUGGGCCUCAGUUUCCUAUUCCUAAAAUGGGGCUAACAGCUUUUAGGCUAUUUGGAUCAGAGUCAAAGCCAUCAGAUUACACUUGGGAGAUGCCCCUGCAGGCCCUGGCACAGGAAGAAAAUCCUAGGGAAAUGGAAGACCUCAUAGAUGGGUCUGCCACAGAUAGUGGACGGCUUUCCUGAGUGCUGGGGGUCUGUAGGCUGUGUCCCCUCAUCUCUUUUCCCACCCCCAGGGACAAAAGUCUGCCAUUAACCCUUUCCUGGGGAUCCCUGCUGUGCUGCCUGCCUAUGUGCCAGGUGUCAGACUCUAUCUGCCCUGGCAUCUGUCAGUCUGCUUGGGACUCCCUGACUCUGGCUGUCUCUGCUGCCUAUCUGUCUCUGUCGUGGAGUUCCUGCCUCAGUCUCCACUUGAUGAGUGCCUGUCUUCACUUGUUGGGGACAUGUCACAUGUUGGGUGCCUGUUGGGUGUAUCCCCACCUGUCUCUGCCUGUUUGGUACAUAUCCCCUUUUAUCUGUGCCGGUCGAGUUUGUGUCCUCAUCAUCUCUGCCUGUUGGAUACAUGUCCCCAUCAGUCCAUGCCUGUUGGGUUCAUGUCCCCCUUUGUCUCUGCCUGUCGAGUUUGUGUCCUCUUCUGUCCUCUGCCUGUUGGGUUCCUGCCCUCUUCUGUCACUACCUGUUGGAUGUGUAUGCCCAUCUGCCUCGGCAUGUUGGGUACAAGUCUCUGGCCCCCUCUGUGUUAGAUAUGAGUCCCCUCCUGCUUCCCCUUGUUGGGUACAUGUCCCCAUCUGUCUCCGCCUAUUGGAUAUGUGUUGCUUCCACCUCUGCCUGUUGGGUACGUACGUGUCUUUAUCCAUCCCUGCCUUUUGGGGAUGCGUACCCUCCUGCCCCUGCCUGUUGGAUGCCAGUCUUUAUCUGUCUCCACCUGUUGGGUGCCUGCCUCUGCCUGUUGGGUGUCUCUCUUUAUCUGCCUCUACAUGGUGGCGGCUGUCUCUGCCCGUUGGGUACCUAUCUACUCCGUAGCUGGGUUGACAUGGGGCUUUCCCUAUGCGGGCCCACAGGGAGGAUGGGGGUAGCGGCCAGAGGGCAGCCCUUAGGCACUGGGGAGGGGGAGAAGAGAGAGGAAGGGAACGUGGUGAGGGUGUAGACCUAGAGCUAGGAAACCACAGGCCCUGAGUGAUUGGCUGUCCUGGGCCGGGCCCAGCCCCCGCCCUUACCCUGCACAUCCGCCUUGGGCCCAGCCACCUCCGCGGCAGCCCCGGAGGCUGCCUGCUCCUGCCAUGGUGCCGUGGCCCUACUGGGCGGAUGGAGCAGGAUCCCAAGCCGCCCCGUCUGCGGCUCUGGGCCCUGCUCCCCUGGCUGCCCAGGAAGCAGCGGCCCAGGAUCAGCCAGACCUCUCUGCCUGCCCCUCGCCCUGGCUCUGGCCCCCAGCGGGACUCGGAUGAGGGCGUCCUCAAGGAGAUCGCCAUCACGCACCACGUCAAGGCCGGUGCCGAGAAGGCGGAUCCAUCCCACUUCGAGCUCCUCAAGGUUCUGGGCCAGGGAUCCUUUGGCAAAGUCUUCCUGGUGCGGAAGGUCACCCGGCCCGAUAGUGGGCACCUGUAUGCCAUGAAGGUGCUAAAGAAGGCGACCCUGAAAGUGCGUGACCGUGUUCGGACCAAGAUGGAGAGAGACAUCCUGGCUGACGUGAACCACCCGUUUGUGGUGAAGCUGCACUACGCCUUCCAGACCGAGGGCAAGCUCUAUCUCAUCCUGGACUUCCUGCGUGGUGGAGACCUCUUCACACGGCUCUCAAAAGAGGUUAUGUUCACGGAGGAGGACGUGAAGUUUUACCUGGCCGAGCUGGCUUUGGGCCUGGACCACCUGCACAGCCUGGGCAUCAUUUACAGAGACCUCAAGCCUGAGAACAUCCUGUUGGACGAGGAGGGCCACAUCAAACUCACAGACUUUGGCCUGAGCAAGGAGGCCAUUGACCAUGAGAAGAAGGCCUACUCCUUCUGCGGGACAGUGGAGUACAUGGCCCCCGAGGUCGUCAACCGUCAGGGUCACACCCACAGUGCGGACUGGUGGUCCUAUGGGGUGUUGAUGUUUGAGAUGCUGACGGGCUCCCUGCCCUUCCAGGGGAAGGACCGGAAGGAGACCAUGACACUGAUUCUGAAGGCAAAGCUGGGCAUGCCCCAGUUUCUGAGCACGGAAGCCCAGAGCCUCCUGCGGGCCCUGUUCAAGCGGAAUCCUGCCAACCGGCUCGGCUCCGGCCCUGAUGGGGCAGAGGAAAUCAAGCGGCACGUCUUCUACUCCACCAUUGACUGGAAUAAGCUGUACCGUCGCGAGAUCAAGCCACCUUUUAAGCCAGCCGUGGCUCAGCCUGACGACACCUUCUACUUUGACACUGAGUUCACGUCCCGCACACCCAGGGAUUCCCCAGGCAUCCCCCCUAGCGCUGGUGCCCAUCAGCUGUUUCGUGGCUUCAGCUUCGUGGCCACUGGCCUGAUGGAGGAUGACGGCAAGCCUCGUGCCAUGCAGGCGCCACUGCACUCAGUGGUUCAGCAACUCCAUGGGAAGAACCUGGUUUUUAGCGAUGGCUACGUGGUAAAGGAGACAAUCGGUGUGGGCUCCUACUCUGUGUGCAAGCGCUGUGUCCACAAGGCCACCAACAUGGAGUAUGCUGUCAAGGUCAUUGACAAGAGCAAGCGGGAUCCCUCGGAGGAGAUAGAGAUUCUCCUGCGGUACGGGCAGCACCCCAACAUCAUCACUCUGAAAGAUGUGUACGAUGACGGCAAACACGUGUACCUGGUGACGGAGCUGAUGCGGGGCGGGGAGCUACUAGACAAGAUCCUGCGGCAGAAGUUCUUCUCGGAGCGGGAGGCCAGCUGCGUCCUGCACACCAUCAGCAAGACGGUGGAGUAUCUGCACUCGCAGGGGGUUGUGCACAGGGACCUCAAGCCCAGCAACAUCCUGUACGUGGACGAGUCCGGGAACCCCGAGUGCCUGCGCAUCUGUGACUUUGGCUUUGCCAAACAGCUGCGGGCUGAGAACGGGCUCCUCAUGACACCUUGCUACACGGCCAACUUCGUGGCACCCGAGGUGCUGAAGCGCCAGGGCUACGAUGAAGGCUGUGACAUCUGGAGCCUGGGCAUUCUGCUCUACACCAUGCUGGCGGGAUACACUCCAUUUGCCAACGGGCCCAGUGACACACCAGAGGAAAUCCUGACCCGGAUCGGCAGUGGGAAGUUUACGCUCAGCGGGGGCAAUUGGAACACGGUUUCAGAGACAGCCAAGGACCUGGUGUCCAAGAUGUUGCACGUGGACCCCCACCAGCGCCUCACAGCUAAGCAGGUCCUGCAGCACCCGUGGAUCACCCAGAAAGACAAGCUUCCCCAGAGCCAGCUGUCCCACCAGGACCUGCAGCUUGUGAAGGGAGCCAUGGCAGCCACGUACUCCGCCCUCAACAGCUCCAAGCCCACGCCCCAGCUGAAGCCCAUCGAGUCAUCCAUCCUGGCCCAGCGGCGAGUGAGGAAGCUGCCGUCCACCACGCUGUGAGGGCUGUCAGGCGAGGGCAGUGGUAGCUUGACGGACGCAGCAUCCUUCCCAGAGGGAGCAGGCCCGGGCCACAGGGCCAGAGGGAGCUGGAACCCCCAGGGGCCCGGGAAGCAGCCAGCCCCAUGACCCCCAGUGAGGGUGUGAGAAGUGCCUUCUCCUUCCCCAGGACGGACUCGGCCCUGGCUCUGCUGGCUGAAAGCAAUUCACUGUACAGACUCUUUUUUUUUCUUAAGGAAAAAAUGGUAUCAGCCACCGUGGAUUUUUACAAGCUCCAUUUGCCUCUGUGGGAGCAGAAAUAGCCAGUGCGGCCCCAGGAGGGGCACCGAGUCACGCUAGGGCUCUCUGUGGCUGAGACUCCUUAGAGCAGCUUUGGGAUCCUCCACGUGGACCCCCACGAGGGGCCAUUGGUAGCCAUCUGCACACAUCUCCAGGGCCGCCCAGCGUCACCUCUUACAGCCUCUGGCUGUUUGCAGAACUCACUCUAUCCCUGGCCUGCUCCUUUUCCGUUCUGUUCCGCUGGGGGGUCUAGACCACUCUGCUGCGGGGGAGGGCCCAUGCCCUGCCGGCGCCCAGCUCUAGGCACCAGCAUCCACAUCGGCUGCCACUGUCCCCUGCAGUCAGGGGGGGCAGCCCCAGGGAGAGGAUGUGGAAAGCACUUUUUGGCCAACUUCUGUUGGGGUCUGCCAUGGGACAGAGUUCACAGGAGGCCAGUGGGGCGGGCCAGGCGGGGCAGGGGCUUUUUUCAUUUCUUCCUCAGCUGGUAACUCAGGGUUCAUCUGUCCAUGGCCUUUCUAAUAAACUUACAAUUGAGUUAAGCUCA